CACCUCCCCUCAUUUAACUCAAAAAAACUCAACUGAUAGCUCGCUCAAGCCAGUCAGUCAAAGCAAAUACGAUUUCGUUUUGUAUUUUAGGAGUUGUUUUAAUUAUUCCAAAUUAAUAGCAUUCCUCUAAUGUUAACAAAUUAGGAAGUUAUUUAUACGUAUGUCUACUCCUAUUUUUAAUAUUUUUUUUGCUGCGUUACGUACUCCUGCUGGCAUAUUUUUACUCACAACUUGGUUAAACAUACAUCAUGGACCACUUGCAUAAUAUGGACCAUUCUAACCAUGAGGGAAUGCAGCAUAUGCAUCACAAUAAUAUGGACCACGACACACAUAAAAUGAAUUUUGAUAUGAAUUUUAUUAACAACACAGCUGACGAUAUUAGCAGUAUGGGACAGUCAUCAGACGUGUUGAGACAAGGGGAGCAUGGAAGCCAUGUUAGUCACGGUGGACACGAUAUUCACACGUCUACCCAUCAUAUGUCUAUGACAUUUCAUGGGGGUUGCCAGGAAGUUAUACUAUUUUCAUGGUGGGACGUUGACGAAGUUGGCGAAUUCGUUGGAUCUUUCUUCGCAAUAUUCAUAAUGGCUUUAUUGUACGAAGGACUAAAAUACUACAGGAAGCAUUUAUUAUGGAAAACAUAUACUGGUCUCCAGUAUUGUGCUGUAUCAUCUCCUGACAAACGAGCAGGAAAUAUAUGUGCAGCGGACGAGCCACAGGUCAUACAACCCGUGCCUCAUGCUCUUGAAAGAAAUGUACCAAGCAUGCUCAGCGCGCCUCAUGCUUGGCAAACUGUGCUCCACGGACUGCAAGUGCUUGUCAGUUACAUGCUAAUGUUGGUGUUCAUGACAUAUAACACCUGGCUUUGCGCAGCAGUUGUUCUCGGCUCAGCAACGGGCUACUUCCUCUUUGGUUGGCGUGAAUCUGUAGUUGUCGAUUUUACGGAACAUUGUCACUGACAUAUAGCUGUGAUAGUGAAUUAGACUAGUAUUACUAGGUACUAGGCUACCUAUUGUAUAACCUCGCUAUUUGAGAAGCUCAAAAUGAAUUACAAAUAUCAUGGUAUUUUCAUGUUAUAAGUGGACAGCCUUUUGUGUAAGUACUUUUGGGCAAAAAUAUUUAUACCAGUUAUAUACUUUUUAGGAAUAUACUAUUUAGGUUACUAAUAAAUGCUUUGAAUUGA